UACAACAAGACUAUUUUCAUUUAUAAAUCGAAUGUUUCAUUAGAAAAAGAGGUUUUAAAGUAAACUCAAGUUUUUUAUUUUUUUGCUACCGCCAUAACAAAACACACACACACACAUAUAUAUAUAUAUGAUUCAAAUAACAAACAGGCCAAUACCAGUUUGGCUAGAUUGCGACCCGGGGAAUGACGACGUCUUUGCAAUCCUCCUCGUGCUAUUCCACCCCCGGUUUAAUCUCUUGGGAAUCAGUACCGUGCAUGGCAAUGCACCCUUGGAAAUGACCACGCAUAACACAUUAGCGUUAUUGGACUUGUUGCAAGUCUAUAAUGUUAAGGUAUAUGAAGGGCUGAAGAGACCGUUGAAGAUCCCUCCUCAUUAUGCAUUUGGUGUCCAUGGAACUACCGGACUCGGUGGCGUUACUCUACCCAAGAAGACUAUCAACAAGCCUGCAAAAGAUAUGUAUUACAUUGAAGCUAUGAGAUCGGCAAUUUGCGAACAUCAAGGAGAGAUAUGUUUGGUCAGCACGGGUACGUUGACGAAUAUCUCCAAGUUGAUUGCAAAGUAUCCGGAAGUCAAGGAUAAGAUUAGGUAUAUUGCUAUUAUGGGGGGUGCAUUCAAUUUCGGAAAUGUUACACCUUUCGCCGAAUUUAAUAUUCACACUGACCCCCACGCCGCCAGUUCCGUGAUUGCCGAGUUUGGCGACAAAGUUAUAUUGACACCAUUGAAUUUGACCCAUACCGCCGUUGCUACUGAAUGGGUUAGAAAACAGAUCUACAACGAUGUGGAGGGAGAUAACCGGAGAUGUUCGGAGAUUAGAAAGUUCUUCCAUGAUAUCCUAAUGUUUUACGGCCAGGCUUACCGUGAGAAUUUCGGAAUGACGGAAGGUCCCCCGUUACAUGAUCCGUUGGCAUUGUACAGUCUCUUACCAUUUGUCGACGAUGCCUUUGAGGAGUAUGGAUACAAGUAUGUACAGCAACCAAUAAAGGUUGUUCUCGAUGGAGAACACCAGGGAGAGACUGUGGUUUCCAAGGAAAAUACCCCAGGAGUAUACGUCGGAUCUGAGGUGGAUACAAAAAAGUUUUGGCAGAGUGUAUUGGUUGCACUUAAAAAUGCCGAGGUACAUAUAGAAGUCUAAUACACAGCCUAAAAGUCAGCCCCUUCUUCUUCAACCGGCACGGUGAAUGCACCAGCCAAGUAAAUAGCCGGUUCAUUGACGUUGUGAUGUUGAUAACUCAAAACACCAACCCCACCGGCAUCCAACAUCAAUUGUGGGUUGCGGUUCAAUUCUCUUUGAACCCAUCUGGCACAGAAACACCUGAGAAUGUGUCCGUGAGCAAUGACAAUGACAUCGGAAGCCACCUGGUCUUCAAUUGACUUGGCAUGAAUAGCUUGAAUCUUGGAGAUGAAACGGUCUAAUCUUGCCUUGACAUCAGUAUGGAUUUCUCCUCCUUCACAGCCAUCGCGCCAAAUAUUCCAGGUGUCACCAGGAGCCAAGUCCUUGUCUAACCCACGAGACUUUCUCAAUUCGAUAAUCUCGGCAGUUUUCAAUCCUUCGUAAUCUCCAUAUUCCCAUUCACGGAUAUCUUCGUCGAUGACCACUGGAAUCUGGUCUCUGAUCUUAGGAUCGACGCUUUCCAACAAUAAUUCAGCAGUAUGUCUGGCUCUUAAUCUAGGAGACACAAACACGUGGGUAAUGCUCUUGGGUUUGAUCAUAUUGGUGUGGACAUCACCGAUUAAGUGCUUCCCUGUGUUUCUCAUUUGCUUGACUCCGAAAUCAGUCAAGUCAAUGUCAGUGCGGGAAGUGUGUUGUCCGGAUUUGGACCAUUCGGUUUGACCAUGACGGACAAAGAUCACUCUAGGGCAAGGUUGUUUUGCUGUAGUCAUACUAUAUAUGUUUCUGUUUAUAGAAAUAGAAGAAGAAGAAGAAGAAGAAGAAGAAGGGAAAGAUUGAAAACCGUUGAAAAGUGCAAAGUUUAUUUUUUAUAUCUAAUCUGACUGCUGAUGCAC